ACACUAGGGGUUAAAUCUCAUCGCGGUCAGGCAAGAACGCAGAUUCCGAAAUGAAGGCGAUCUUCUGCAUUGUGCUGGCUCUGUCAGCCGCCGUGGCUGCCAAUGGAGGCUUCUAUCCUUUCUCGGUCCAGCGGGCACCCGACGCCUUCGACAACUACAAUCGCAACCACUACAAGACGGCCAAGCAUAGCGGCUUGUUGGACCGCCUGUUUGGAGCUAACCGGCGCCAGGGAAUCCUCGAAGGCCUGGGAGGAAUUGGUGGUCCCGUCGCCGUGGUUGGGGUCGUGGUCGCCGGUAUCAUAGCCGCCACUGGACUCGCCUUCGUCAUCGCCAACAUCAACUCAUCCGGCCGAGGUCUGGACACGGACGACUGGGAGGACAGCCAGUCGGUUUGGAUGGACCAGCUGGUGCGGGACUUCGAGGACUCCUGGCAGACUACGGAGUAAUCCUCAGACAUCUAGCAACUGGGCACGCCAUUUCAAGAGCCCAUCAGCACUUUAGUUUUCGUGUUCAUCCGGGCGGUGUUCAUCUUGCUUGGCGGACUGCAUAACGUAACCCAGCCUCGAAUGUUCUUGUGUUCUCGUCUGAAAGCUGAUCAUGAACUGGACCAGAGAAGCUCGCUUAAUUCGCUCCGCAGUUUAAUGCAUCCUCCCCCCCUUCAGACAGUUCAUCUGGGCUCCUGCUGCGGCUGUGAGCCGUAGCUUCCAACGUUUUUGAAAGGUGCUUUCUAGAUGUUUGCGAUGCGCCUCCUCCGCCCCCUCCCACGCGCGAUCCCACCAUUGUGACGCCGCUAGCACGGACGGAUGGGUUUUGAAGUCAAGCUUGGAUGUUUUCCCCUCCUGUUGACACAAGAACUGUUACAUGGCAUUUACCGGACCGCAUCAAAUUACUUCGGCCAUUCACGUGGUAUUAAUGAUGUGACAUGGGCUUUUUCCUCUUACUGUUACGUAGGAAGGUGCUUGUCAUUUUGGCCGAUUUCUACCGAACAAUUAAUUACUGCUUGUUUUGUGCGUUGUUAUUUGGUUUCGCCAGUUCGUUGUUGUUAUUUUUUGCGGUUAUAAGCAAUUCUUAACUCUGCGAAAAGACGCAAGGAGCUUGUUGUUACGCCUGUGGUAUUGAUAAUUACCGAUGUGAUCUGUUAUGAAAACGUCCAUCAUGUGAAAUACAUUUCCAUGAAUGUCU